AUGAGCACCGUCGGAGCGUCCGCGCACGGCGCGCAAGCAUUCGUCUCGCUCGACGAUGUCGUGACCCGGAUCACGACCACUCCCCCGACCGCGCAGCUCGCCCAGUUCCUCCGCACCUUCGCGCAGAAGGAGACCCGGGACGCCGUGCUCGCGAGCACGCUCGGCAGCGGCCAAGACCCGCUCGCCGUCCUCGACCCCGUGCGGAACACGCUCGGCUACCUCUUUAUCCUGUCCGCCCGAUUGCAGGGCUCGACGCUGCCGUCGCCACCGCUCUCCGCCAUCGAGGACUUCUGCAGCACCUUCGAGCCCGAGCAGGCGCGAUUGGCCCCGGAUCGCGUGACUCUCCUCGCCAAGGGCAUCCUGCGCGUGGCAGAACAGUCGGCGAACCCCAAGUAUGCCAUUCGAUCACUAGCAAGCCUCGUCGCGCGGUACCCGCCGAGUCCCAGCUACCUCACAACGCUGCACCCAAUCUUUGUCCGGGUUUGCGUAGCCACGGGCCACUAUGCCUCCGCGCUGCCAGUGCUUUCGGUGCCGAUCACGAACGUCGACACCUCGGUCUCCGACCUCACCUACAACGACCACCUCGUCUACCACUACGCAGGCGGCGUUGCGCUCGGUGCGCUCAAGCGAUGGCGUGAAGCGGAAGAGUUCUUCGAGAUCUGCGUGAGCGCGCCGGCGCAGGUCCCCGCCGCCAUUCAGCUCGAGGCGUUCAAGAAGCUCGCGCUGGUGCAGCUGAUCCAGUAUGGCGAGACGGUUCCGCCACCAAAAUACACGCUGCCCGCACUGGUGCGGAUUUUCAAGAACACGUCGUACAACACGUUCAUCAAGAACUACCCCUCUACGACGGCGGUGCUCCGAACGUGGGUGACGAAGGAGGCGGACAUGCUCAACACGGACCAGAACACGGGCCUUGUGAACCAGGCGAUUGAGCGAGCCCCUGUAUGGCUGAUCAAGAAGCUCACUGCGACGUACCUCACGCUUGGGUUGAGUGACAUCAAGAAGCAAGCUGGCAUCGAAACCGUGGAGCAGUGUAGGGAGACGAUCUUGUCAAUGAUCGACGCGGGCGAGAUCAACGGCAGCAUCUCCGCGGACGACACUGUCACGUUCGCAGACCCUGUGCCCGAGUUCUCGAAGGACCAACUGGACCGAUUGCUCGUGUCCGCACAGCACAACAGCGCGCUGUUGGCCGAGACGGAGCGUGCGCUGAACACGAGCAAGGAGUACCUGACGAAGGCGACGAAGGCGAAGGACGACUCCGGCUGGGGCGCGGACGAGGACAUGUACGGGGCGAACUCGAUGAUGGGUGGAUCUGGGCAUGCGCCGUGGGCAGACGAAGUGUCGUUCGCGUGA